CUCGGUCCUCUCGUCGGUGCAAGCAUGCUCAUCGUAGCCACCACCGUCUUUCUCUACUACACCAUCUGGACACUGGUUAUGCCAUUCGUCGAUUCGUCGCACCCUUCUCAGUCACUCUUCCCUCCCCGUGUCUGGGCAAUCCGUCUCCCUGUUAUUCUCAUCUUGGUCGGAGGUGCUGUCGUUGGCUCUUUCCUAUCCCUCAUCAUGAUCAAAAGCAACCGCCAGAAGGCUCUCAAAGCCCAGAAAGCAAAGGCAAAGUAG